AUGCUAAGCAAAGACUCCCUUGUGAAUUUUGAGAAGAAGCAAAUGCAGUUGAAGACAACUCGCCUGCUGGAAGCCAAACAGAAUGUAGACCAUUCUGGGUUGGGCGGGUCGGCGGGCGGACAACAAGGACAUACGAGCGGAAACUGGGAUUGUAUCAAUCUCGGUAACACAAUUUCGCAGCAAAACCCCUACAGUUGGAGUCAACAUGUUGGUGCACAUGUGGAUACAAAUCACUCGACGCCAUCCAAUUACGUCGAUCCGUAUAGUGCUGCUGUAAUGGGUGCGUAUCAGCAAGGAACACAAAACGUCGUUUAUCCAUAUCAACAACACGAUGCAUCCUCUGCAAACCAUGCACAACCAAGCACGCCUCAGGGAAGCAUUCCUCAACACAUGACAGCAGAGCAGGGCUAUUACUACCAUCAUCAGAACUCACCGCAACAAUACCAACAGCAUCCUCAACAGUCACAGACGCAGCAUCUCCAUUAUCAACAUCAACAGCAACAAAAGCAACCUGCAGCUUUGAAUGCCCAGUCAGUGGCAUCACAACAUGUUCAUCAUACUUUGAUUCCAACACGGCAGCAUGUUCAGCAAUCGAAUCAUCAACCGAAACCAGUUGAGCAGCAGAGUGUAACUUCGCAGCCGUAUGCACCAGCCUGUUCUGAGCCGCAGUCCGUACCUUUGGCUGUUAUUUCACCUGCUGUUGCGUUACCCUCCACUGCUCCUCAACAGAACCCGCAGUCCACACGAACGAUGAUACGUCUCGUCAAUCACCGUUGUCAUACAUGGCAGGUUCAUUCUGUGCUAUCUGUGCAGUCCCCGUCUGCUUUACCAGUGUGCGAUGCAAGCACCGUUGCGCCGACCAGCGAUUCUGCUCAGGUCACGCCAGAAUCGUCCUACUCGGUGGACACAUUCGGCUCCGGGAUUUCAUCCGUUGAUAAUCCAGAGCAACAGCAGUUUGUGAAUUCUUCGUCAGGUGGUGUUCAGAUGCCUCAAACGGUCACACAAUCCGAAGACAACUGGGAGGACGAUUGGGAGCGCACUGAACAUCCGGGAAGAGGCGUCGCGAGAGAGGUGCCACGCGAGAGGGUUCAAUGGCGCCUCAUGACUCAACACCACAUCGUAGCGAAACCAACCAACGAUAUAGUACGUGUUGUUCCUGUUUCAGGAACGCCGUCGGCGGUAGUUGGAGUGCCAAGAUAUGAGGAUUCUAGUCGAUCGCAGGACCAUGUCCCCGCCGUCGCGCAGGUUGCUCCUCUGCGACCCGAGCCCGAAUCAAUCCAUUCUGCUCCAGUUUCUACACCAAUGGCAGCUACGCAAACACCCUCGCCAAUUGAUAGGGUUACGGAGCAAACCAGAGAGGGUGUCCACUCUCCUCAACAACCCUCUUCUCGGUCAUAUGCGAUCGAGACGGAAUCUACUCAACAGGCAAUGACUGAUGACGCUGAUGUGUCCGUUUCUAUACAUUUCCCAUCAGAGCCUGCCAACAAUCCACCCAGCGAAGCAGUGACGACACAGCCUUCUCGAACAACUCCCGAUGUCUCAGCCACGAACGACACUACUCUUAGUCCUGUUGUAGUCCAAGCAACAAGCACACCGAAUAACGCAGUACAAACGAACGACGAAAGAAAGCAGGAAAGUCAUGAGAGACACAGCUGGGAACCGAACAACGAGCGACGCGUGGCGCACUCAAAUGCGCAUUCUGGUAUGGCUACAUCGGCUGCUGAUCACAGUGACAGUACGACUGGUUCGUUAUCAACACGAAAUGGUCCCGAACGCAGAAGUGUCCAAAGCCGUUACAAAAAGUUCAAAGGAACAGUAUGUUUUGUAAUCUUCUCCGGCAUAAUGGGACGUUUGGAUCAGUACAGGGCAGAACCGUCACGUAGCGAGUUUCGGUCGUCAUCACGGACCGGGAAUCCGCUCAUGGCAAACAUUUCCAACAGCCUCGGCCGGCGUUCGGUUUUAGCGGCGGCGAAGAAUUUCGGGGCACCGCCAGUUCGUUCCGCUGCAGAUGCAAGUUUAUUGUAUAACGCAAAAUCUGAUGAAGGUAAUACGUCAAUGUAUCCACAAGGUGAUCCAUCAUUGAAUCGAUCGUUCGAUUUCAAUCGUCCAGCUGUGUAUGGCGAUGAUUUUGUGGAUGCCGCGAGACGUUCGAGAAGAACUCGUCUCAGUCGUCCGAAUAGUCGAGCAAAAUCCGAAUAUGGCGCUGUUCCGGAAGGACGUGAGCAAUUCGAUGCGAGAGCCUAUCCGCUGCCACCACCACAGUACACGGGAAACUUUCCUCCUUCUGGACGCCGUUCAGUGCAAAAUCCGAUGGGCGUAAUGAAUCCGCAAGAGUAUUAUGUUCAACAGGCUCACAUGUACAAGGAACGACGUCGGCCGCAGUCUUCGUUCGAUCCGCGAGCAAUGGAGAGGUACCAACGUGCCGGAGGGCGCUACGGGCAGUAUGAUACCUAUGAUGAUGCGCAUAGCAGUGUUUCCGACGGAUCUGAUUCGGAUAAUGGUGAAAGAGGCGAUAGCGAAGAGGAGAUCAGGAAGUAUACGCAGAAGGGACGAUUUGGUGGUCCUGGAGAGUCAUUUAAUGCGAUGGCAGUUGGCGAGGAAAUGUACUAUUUUGGUGCUAUUCAUCUUGAUCAGGCACGUGUGCGCUCUAUUCUUGUCAACUUUCCACCUCCUGUGGAGUAUCAUCGAUUGCCACCGAUUGAAAAAGCUGCCUACCUCUUCUUCAUAGCUGUAUACAAGAAGCAGUAUAGUGAUAUCGGUGAUUUCCAUCGUAAAUUUAACCGCGAAUACUAUAAAUAUACGUGCGAUGGCGAUACCGAUGAUGUCGCUUUAUGGAAGAUAUGCAAGUCCAUGCAAGAAGAGUAUCAUUCGAAAAGAUUGGCUGAGUCUCAGAAAGCGUAUGAAGCUAGCCAGCGUCAGUUAUUCAGUGAUGAUCGAGAUAGUGCUGAUGGCAUGAGUGAGCGAGCAAGUAUGGAUGAGAAUCAUGAUGAUAGAACGUCGGAUAUCCUGAGCAUCGAUUCCAGCCAACGAGCUCCAUUGAAACAUCGUGUGCCGCACGCUUUCGUGUCGUUUGGUCCUGGAGGGAAAAUGGUAACGGUGCAUCCUGAUUUGUCCGUAUCGGUUGUGCAGAUUGACGAUAUCAAAGCGGUGGUCUCAGAUCCUUACACUGUACGCUUGAUUGACAGCGCUCAAACAUUUAAAGGUCCACUCCUCAUCGGCCAGACACCCACGCAUUCCGUUCGACUUUACAUCGAACGCCAGAUUAAGAGAAUUCGUAACGGUGAAGUAGCGUCGGAAAAUCCUCGUGAUAACGAUGUCAUUGAUUGUCUUCUUAUCUGGCAGUUGCUUGGUAUCAUUGUACAACAGCAAGGGCGCGUGACUGGUCCGGACGUGGCGCGGCUUUUGGUAGAAGUGGGAGGAUCGGCACCAUCGAGAGCUUCGUCAAUGACGCAUCAGACGCACCAUUCACAUCGCGAGAAGAGUGCGACUCCCGUGGACAGUGUGACAACCGCCAUUGGUCCUGUACGCAACCAGGCUAUCAUGGACGCCAGGGCCUAUGAACGUUUCACUGAACUACUUCUAGGCGGGCAUAUUGCGGAAGCGAUCGACAGCGCGCUCCGUGAUGGGCUAUAUGCGGAUGCCAUGAUUUUGGCCAGAAGACUGCUGGCGCAUGAUGUUGCAAAGCUGGCCGAAAUUGAAGAAAGAUUCAUCGCUACUCGUCCUCAGUGCAACCCUGUGGUCACCCUGGUGUCUGUGUCCAGCAAAAAGCUUGUUCCGAUUUUGAUGAACCCAACUGGCGACGAUUCGGGCAGCUGGCGUACUCAUGCGGCGAUUAUACUCGCAAAUCUGACGUCUUCUGAGGCUAUGGAAACUGUCUAUGAUCUUGGAAAGGCAUUAGCUAAACGAGAUUAUAACUGCGCAGCAGAUUUCUGCUUUUUGGCGGUUUCUGUUCUGGCUGGUAUCAAUCCAUUUACUCCAGUAGCUUCUACAGCACAGGAUGGCGAUGCGCGUCAACAUAUCACCUUAAUUCAUGCUUGUCUUCCUGACGAUGAUGUGGCCUCGGUGCGAUGUCGCUAUGGGUUCUCUCUAGUUGACCUCCAUGCAACUGAGAUUUUUGACUAUGCCGUACGGCUUUCGGACGUAAAUGCGUACUCACCUCUCGGAGAAUCGAUCGAAUAUCAAAGGAAGCGUAUCCAGUAUGCUCAUCUUAUAGCAGAGUUCGGAGGUUUCGCCACAGAUGCAUUCAAGUACUGCAUGGAGAUCGCUCGUUCGAUUUGGAACUUCUACCAUCUUCUAUCUGUAGCAGAAUUGACUUCGCUUUGUGAUUUAGCUGACAGACUUCGAUACGCUGCAUCGGCGAGCGAUUGGGAGACGUCUUGGAUUGCUAGUUUGCGCGCCAUGAUUCAACAAAAGCAACAACAUCAGACUGACGAAGUACCCCAGCCUGAUCUUACCGCAAAUCAACAGUCUGCUCCGCCUGCACCGCAAUCUCCGCAAUCUCCACAAUCUCCUGUACGUUAUAUCUCGUUUGAAUACCAUCUUCGAUUAUUCAUCACUUACCCAUCCUUUCAGUUGUCUAAUGAGAAUUACGCUUCUCCGCUCCCGGAAACGCUCUCUGGAGGAGAUAGUGAAGCUGCUUCUCCUCAGCAAGAAAAUGCGGCAGGGAAUAGAUCAAGAUCUGCAUCGCUAACCUCUGAGGCACGUGAUUGGCAUGCUCAGCGCCAAGACCCACUUCAGAUGAGUCCCGUGUUGCCGCGAUCGACCGCUGUCAAUGCUGUAGUUGAGGAGAACGAUGGACGUGUGUCUCGGUCACGAACUGUGAGCAAUGCUAGUCAACACGGCCAUUACGACAUGCAUUCAAAACAACCAGCCGAUAUGUACAUGCACUCAACAGCGCAGUCGUAUGCAGGAGCUCACGCGUAUGCUAAUAUGGAGGAUCCCUCCACGAAUUCUGAAGAUACCAGUGCUCAGUCAACAACGGAAAGCACGCCUAUUCGCACACUGAACCAUCAAACAGAAAAUCUGUCGCUAGGAUCACAACCUGUUCCGGAUUAUCAGCGAAUUUCCCAGCAACAUAUGCCUCCACCAGCUCCACACGCUUCACAACCUCUUCAGUCAAAUAGAAACGCCGCUCCACUAUCACAAAAUGGUUUGCCGGAGACAAAUAUGAAGGGUGCAAAAGGUUUCUUGAGCAACAUCAAAGAAAAGCUCAUGAAGUCAAUACCGAGUGGUAACGAAAUGAUUCUCCCUGACGAUAGCAAACCUACCGUAAGUUUUGCCGAGGUUAAUACCAGAUGCGAUAUCCAGGGAAAUGCUCCUGUCCAGAUUGUCUGGGAUCCAGUAAAGGGUCGAUACGUGGGUGCAGGCGUGGAGGAGGAAACAGCGUCCGCUCCACCGCCGAAGUUGGACGGUGUCUCCAAUGCUCAUUCAGGUUCCGGUGGUGGACUUCGUGCUGCGCGCACAAGUGGAGGUUCUCGCUACUUCAAUCCUUUGAAUCAGGCAUCUAAUACUAAUGGAGCAGCUUCACCGGCACCUGCUGCUCCAAUGCCAGUUAUGCAAGUUCCAGCCACUUUUGGUUUCAUCCCCACCAUGCCUGAUGACGCUGGAGAAUCUGUGGAUCCGUUCAGUGGUCAAGCGAAUCCGACCUUUUUGACUAGUAUGGGUAGUAGCAGUGCACAAGCGUCAAGUCAGUACGAAGGAGUGCUACAGCGCAGUAACAAUUGUUUGGUGCUUCUGCGACAGCUGAGGAAUCGUGUGACACGUCUACAUAAUCUCUUAUUUCAUUCUGCGCCACCUUCAAGAGAAACAUGGCAUGCUUAUUUUCGUCAAGUCGACCGAGUGGACAAGGAUCUCCGCGACUGCUUCGACAAUCUCGAAAGUCAUGCGAAAGGGUUGCCAAAUCAGUUGCCUCAGAUCGAACCUCUCAAUCGUCUACGAGCUGUGUUUCAGGAAGAGCAACUCGACGUGCAAGUCGUGGAAACCGUUGAGUCCAUGAUUGAUUGUGAGAAUUGGAACGAAGGAAAUUUCCAAAACUUACAUGUAUCUGGGCGAAUUUCUUCGACUUCAACGGCGUCGCCCUUCAUGUAUAGUGCCUCGGCCGUUGUCGUGUUCGCACUGGGCUACCGGAAUGUCACCCCAUGCUCAAUUCGAAACAGCUUUCGCUCAGGUUUCCAAAAGGAGUUACUCAAGAACAAGACAGGCAUUUUCCCAACUUUUCUCGAGCGUACAGCUGUAGGAAGUAUUGUUGAGCUACGAUAUGGCGUUUUAUUUGAGAAACAAAUUGUCUUCACCCAAAAAUUGUUAAUGGUGGAAAAUGCAGGAGUCAUAGAACAAAUUCUUUUCGUAGCACCACACGAAGAGUGGACGUUUUAUACAGAUCUUGGAGAGAAGAGGGUAGACCUCGCAAAACCCUCGCAGUAUAUUGUCUAUCAAAAGCUUACUACCCAAGCGAACAUCCAUCUUAUGCAGACGAUCAACACACAAGAAAUUCGUUGGACACCACAAACGUUACAUCAAUUGAGCAGCGCAUUCGGCAAGCUGCAACAAGUGUUCGAUACAACUUGUAGGAAUUGCAAGAAAGUGAUGAAAGACUUCCUCCCUCCACUCAUUUUCGAUUUUCGCAAUUUGAAAAAUGCUCUACACGAGACCUGUCGUUGA